AUGGGUAAGAAGAAAGCAAUUCCGUCGGGCAGCGUCGGCCCUGCGACAACCACCUCCCGUGAAGCUCCAGGCAAAGACGAAGGUGCCUCCCAACCCGCCAAGACUGCAGCUCUGCCGGUGAAGCCCUUUGUGUUGCCCAACACGCUGACAGACGAGGAGGAGUUUGUUGGCAUCUUUCCCUGCCCUUUCUGGCCAGUGCGAUUUGUCAUCACAGUGAUGGCACUCGUCCUCUUGGGUGCCAGCUGUAUCCGCGCCUUCACGAUUCGCAUGCUAUCCGUUCAGCUUUAUGGCUACAUCAUCCACGAGUUCGACCCGUGGUUCAACUACCGCGCCGCCGAGUACAUGUCCGCGCACGGCUGGUCCGCCUUCUUCAGCUGGUUCGACUACAUGAGCUGGUACCCGCUGGGCCGCCCCGUUGGCACCACCACGUACCCGGGCCUGCAGCUCACCGCCGUUGCCAUCCACCGCGCAUUGGCGGCUGCCGGGGUGCCGAUGUCUCUCAACAACGUGUGCGUGCUGAUCCCCGCGUGGUAUGGUGCCAUCGCUACUGCUAUCCUGGCCCUUUGCGCUUACGAGGUCAGUAGGUCAAUGGUAGCGGCGGCUGUUGCUGCACUCUCAUUCUCCAUCAUUCCAGCACACCUGAUGCGGUCCAUGGCGGGCGAGUUCGACAACGAGUGCAUCGCCGUUGCAGCCAUGCUCCUCACCUUCUACUUGUGGGUACGCUCGCUGCGCACGCGGUGCUCGUGGCCCAUCGGCAUCCUCACCGGUAUCGCCUACGGCUACAUGGUGGCGGCGUGGGGCGGAUACAUUUUUGUGCUCAACAUGGUUGCCAUGCACGCCGGCAUAUCAUCGAUGGUCGACUGGGCUCGCAACACGUACAACCCGUCGCUGCUGCGCGCAUACGCGCUGUUCUACGUUGUCGGCACCGCCAUCGCCACGCGCGUGCCGCCUGUGGGGAUGUCGCCCUUCAGGUCGCUGGAGCAGCUGGGUGCGCUGGCGGUGCUCCUCUUCCUGUGCGGGCUGCAGGCCUGCGAGGUGUUUCGCGCACGGGCCGACGUCGAGGUUCGCUCCCGCGCGAACUUCAAGAUCCGCAUGCGUGCCUUCAGCGUGAUGGCUGGCGUGGGUGCGCUUGCAAUCGCGGUGCUGUCGCCGACCGGGUACUUUGGCCCCCUCACGGCUCGUGUGCGUGCGCUGUUCAUGGAGCACACGCGCACUGGCAAUCCGCUGGUCGACUCGGUCGCUGAGCACCACCCCGCCAGUCCUGAGGCGAUGUGGACAUUUCUUCACGUGUGCGGCGUGACUUGGGGUUUGGGCUCCAUUGUUCUUCUUGUGUCGUUGCUGGUGGACUACUCCUCGGCAAAGCUCUUUUGGCUGAUGAACUCUGGUGCCGUGUACUAUUUCAGCACCCGCAUGUCACGACUGCUGCUUCUCACGGGCCCCGCUGCGUGUCUGUCCACUGGCUGUUUCGUGGGGACAUUACUGGAAGCGGCGAUACAGUUCACCUUCUGGUCCAGCGAUGCAACAAAGGCCAAAAAACAGCAAGAGACACAACUUCACCAAAAGGGCGCGCGCAAGCAUAGCGACCGGAGUAACUCUAAGAAUGCACUGACUGUGCGUACAUUGGGCGACGUCUUGAGGAGUACCUCUCUGGCAUGGGGUCAUCGCAUGGUGCUCUGCUUCGCUAUGUGGGCUCUUGUUAUUACAGUCGCGGUGUGCCUCUUGGGUUCCGAUUUCACUUCCCAUGCAACGAUGUUUGCAAGGCAGACGUCGAACCCGCUGAUUGUCUUUGCAACCGUGCUGCGAGACCGCGCUACCGGCAAGCCAACACAGGUAUUGGUGGAUGACUACCUGCGCAGCUAUCUCUGGCUGCGCGACAACACGCCCAGAAAUGCGCGCGUGCUGUCCUGGUGGGACUACGGCUACCAGAUCACAGGUAUCGGCAACCGCACCUCGCUGGCCGAUGGCAACACCUGGAACCACGAGCACAUCGCCACCAUCGGCAAGAUGCUGACGUCGCCCGUGGCGGAGGCGCACUCACUGGUGCGCCACAUGGCGGACUACGUCCUCAUCUGGGCUGGGCAGGGCGGAGACUUGAUGAAGUCGCCGCACAUGGCGCGCAUUGGCAACAGCGUGUACCACGACAUCUGCCCCAACGACCCGCUUUGCCAGCAUUUCGGCUUUUACAAGAACGAUCGCAAUCGCCCAAAACCGAUGAUGCGCGCGUCGCUGCUGUACAACCUGCACGAGGCCGGACGAAGCGCGGGUGUGAAGGUGGACCCGUCCCUCUUUCAGGAAGUGUACUCAUCCAAGUACGGCCUGGUGCGCAUCUUCAAGGUCAUGAACGUGAGCGCGGAGAGCAAGAAGUGGGUGGCUGACCCGGCAAACCGCGUGUGCCACCCGCCUGGGUCGUGGAUCUGCCCCGGGCAGUACCCGCCGGCGAAGGAGAUCCAGGAGAUGCUGGCGCACCGCGUCCCCUUUGACCAUGUGAACAGCUUCAGUCGGAAAAAGGCCGGGUCUUAUCAUGAAGAAUACAUGCGCCGGAUGCGUGAAGAGCAGGACCGAUGA